AUGGGAUUGAGAUUGUCUAAGAAACCAAACCAUGAAAUUGUUGUUGCCUCUCCAGAUUCCUCGCCUAAGCUUACCUACAAACAACCAAGGAUAAGGCAUCCACUUCCACCUUCACUUCCUCCUCCCAAACUCAUCCAAUCUUCACAAACAGGACCACUUCUUGGGAAACCGUACGUUAACAUAAACCAAAUGUAUGAGAUGAAGAAAGAGUUGGGAAGAGGCAACUUUGGGGUCACUUAUCUGUGUGUUGACAAGAUCACAAGACAAGAGUAUGCAUGCAAAUCCAUUCCAAGGGGGAAGUUGCUAAACAUGCAAGAAAGUGGGGAUGUUAGAAGAGAGGUUAUGAUUCUACAACAUCUUUCUGGGCAACAUAACAUUGUGGAAUUCAAGGGAGCUUGUGAGGACAGGCAGAACGUGCACCUUGUCAUGGAAUUGUGUAGUGGUGGCGAACUCUUCCACCACAUUGUUGCCAAAGGUCGUUACACGGAGCGUGAAGCAGUAAUUGUAAUGAGGCAAAUUGUGAAUGUGAUUCAUGUGUGCCAUUUCAUGGGUGUAAUGCAUCGAGACCUCAAGCCAGAGAAUUUCUUGUUCGCCACCGAGGACGAGAAUGCCACAUUGAAACUUGUCGAUUUUGGUUUCUCUGUCUUCAUUGAGGAAGGUAAAGCAUAUAAAGACAUUGUUGGAAAUGCAUAUUAUGUGGCACCAGAGGUUUUGAAACGGAGUUAUGGAAAGGAGAUAGAUGUUUGGAAUGCAGGAGUAAUUUUAUACAUUCUCUUGAGUGGGGUGCCUCCAUUUUGGGUUGGCAUGGUUGAUGCUAUUUCAGGAGGUAAAUUAGAUAUGGAUAGUGAGCCAUGGCCAUCUAUUUCGGAUGCUGCAAAAGAUUUGAUCAGAAAAAUGCUGACCUAUGACCCUAAGAAACGCAUUACAACUUCUGAAGCCUUUGAACAUCCAUGGAUGAAGGAAGGUGCUGACGCAUUUAACAACCCUCCUGACAGCGUUGUUUUAAUUAGGAUGAAACAAUUCAAAGCAAUGAACCAGAUGAAGAAACUUGCUUUGAAGGUAAUAGCAGAAAAUCUUUCUGAGGAAGAAAUGAAGGGCAUGAGACAAAUGUUCAACAAUAUGGAUACUGAUCGCAGUGGCACAAUCACAUUCAAAGAACUCAAAUCUGGACUAUCCGGAUUGGGUUCCCAACUUAGCGACUCUGAACUAAGGCAGCUAAUGGAUGCUGCUGACGUUGACAAGAAUGGAACUAUUGACUAUUGUGAAUUGAUUACUGCCACUAUGGAUCAGCAUAAACUGGAGAGGGAAGAUAACUUGUCAAAGGCUUUUCAAUACUUUGACAAGGAUAACAGUGGUUACAUAACAAGAGAUGGGCUUAGACAAGCAAUAACAGAGUACCAAAUGGGUGAUGAAAUAUCUAUAGAGGAGGCCUUCCACUGCAUUGACUCUGACAAAGAUGGGAGAAUUGAUUACCACGAGUUUGCAACGAUGAUGAGAAAUGGAUGUUGA